UCACAGGUCGUUACUGGAGUGUCAACAUUGCAGUCAAUAAGCUCCCACAUUAAAAGUACAUGCAACAUAUUGAGCGUAUGUACUAAACCUUCAGCCAGCUCAUUUAGUUUUGCAUAACACGGCUCAUGUGUGUCACAGGCUGAGCUGUGCCUUAAAUGUACAGCAAAGCAAACCAGACUACAGAAACAGUGCAGUGGUUCAGUGCAGCAGCUCUGAGGCCAUUUGUUGGUUCAUUGAUGCCUGUCAUCGAUUCCCCUGUCACUUCCUCUCAGCUAUAGUGUGCCAUUGAUUGUUUUUCAGAGUUUGGCAAAUGUUGGGCUGCAGACUGCGAGCUGAGGGUCAGUCCUCUGCCGCGUGCCAGAGCGGACGCCUGCAGAAAACCACAUGUGCGUUUGUUUCACCUAAAUAUGAAGCGCAACAGAGCAGAGUAAACGUUCUUGAACAUACUUAAGGAUGGGAGUUUGAUUGAUCAUGGCUGACUGCUGGUCAAAACCAAGGAGGAUCUGACUCGCUGUUUUCAGAUCAGAGCUCCAUGUCUGACUCAGACCUUAUGAAGACUGGGGGACCAGGCAGCAGGGGCCCUGAAUGCCACUCACCCCCAACUCCCAGGAUGGAGCUCCUUAGUGCCUCCAAGGUGAAGGACUGCUCUCAGAACGUCAAAGAGAAGGUCACACAGGUACUUUCUCUGGAGUCUGAUGUACUUCCUGAAUACAAACUCCAGGUGCCAGAGACAACAUGGUGGAUCUUGCUUCACUACAGCCCAUUCAAGGCCUUCUGGGACUGGCUCAUUCUCCUGCUGGUCCUCUACACGGCUGUUUUCACUCCAUACUCAGCCGCCUUCCUCUUGGACGAGCACGGGGAUGUGCGACAGAAGACAUGUGGCUACACGUGUGACCCUCUGAAUGUGGCGGACCUCAUGGUGGACGUGCUGUUCAUUGUGGAUAUAGUCAUCAACCUUCGCACGACGUAUGUGGACCAGAACGACGAGGUGGUCACGCAGCCGAGCCACAUUGCCAAGCACUAUGUUAAAGGCUGGUUUGCUAUUGAUCUGUUAGCAGCGAUCCCGUUUGAUCUUCUGAUUUUCAGAUCUGGCUCUGAUGAGAUGGCGACCCUAACGAGCCUGCUGAAGACCGCUCGGCUGCUACGAUUGGUCCGUGUGGCGAGAAAACUGGACCGAUAUUCUGAAUACGGGGCUGCUGUACUCUUCUUACUCAUGUGUACCUUUGUACUCAUCGCUCAUUGGUUAGCCUGCAUUUGGUACGCCAUUGGCUUUGUGGAAAGGCCGUAUACAGAGACUGGUUGGCUGGACAACCUGGCUGAACAACUAGGCAAGGCAUACAACGACAGUGACUCGUCCUCUGGUCCAUCGGUCAAAGACAAGUACGUCACUGCUCUGUACUUUACCCUGAGCAGCCUGACAAGUGUGGGCUUUGGAAAUGUUUCCCCAAACACCAACUCUGAGAAGAUCUUCUCCAUUUGCGUCAUGGUCAUUGGCUCUCUCAUGUAUGCCAGCAUAUUCGGGAACGUGUCUGCCAUCAUCCAGCGGCUGUAUUCAGGUACAACCCGCUACCACACCCAGACGCUGCGAGUCAAAGAGUUUAUCCGCUUCCACCAAAUCCCAGGUGGCCUGCGCCAAAGGCUGGAGGAGUACUUCCAGCACGCCUGGUCAUACACAAAUGGCAUCGACAUGAACGCUGUGUUGAAGGGGUUCCCACAGUCUUUGCAGGGCGACAUCUGUUUGCACUUGAACAGAUCUCUGCUGCAGAACUGUAAGGCUUUCCGUGGAGGGAGUCAAGCGUGUCUGCGCGCCCUGUCUAUGAGGUUCAAGACAGUCCAUGCUCCUCCAGGCGAUACUCUAAUCCACUGCGGAGACAUCCUGGACUCUCUUUUCUUCAUCUCUCGUGGUUCCAUCCAUGUCAUUAGGGAUGAGAUGGUGAUAGCCAUAUUAGAGAGGAAUAACAUCUUUGGUGAAGCUAUCCACCUUUAUGAUGAGCCAGGGAAGUCCAAUUCUGACGUGCACACCGUCACAUACUGCGAUCUUCACCGCAUCCUGAGGGACGACCUGCUGGAGGUCCUGGAUAUCUACCCAAGCUUUGCAGAUAACUUCUGGAGGAACCUGGAAGUCACAUUUGACCUGAGAGAUGCUGAUCAAAUCUCCCCAAUAAUAACAUCUGAUGAUUCUGGUGACAGCUGUGGAUAUCACCAUAAGGCAAGAUACAAAAACCACUCCCUGGACUGCAGGAUUAGACCUGACGGAAUCGAUCACGAAGACUCGUACCCCCUUCAGUCCCUCCGGCAUCGUCACUCAUCUCCCCAGUCCCACUGGGAUGACUACUGUAGCUGUGGUUCCCCUUGCUCUCAGUCCGGUGAGGACCUGGAAAAGUCUCACAUUCAUGGUGCCAAAGUUGAGCUUUACCCUCCAAAGGAUCCCUCACAGGAUUACUCCCCCUCUGUCAUGCAACUUCUGCCCCCAAGUGGCGUGACAGUGGGAAGUGAAGCAGUACCGAUCAGGAGCCACCAAGGAGUGUAUCAGUACUGGCCAGACCGACAGUCCCAACAGUUCCCCGGUCGCACGUGGCGAUCAUCUUCUGUCCGCAACGCAUACCACCAACCACCAUUCACAGAAGAAAGACCCAGUGAGCUUGAAUCUCGACUAGAGCUUUUACAUUCACAGCUCAACAGAUUGGAGACACGCAUGACGGCAGACAUCACUGUUAUUCUGCAGCUUCUCCAGAGGCAGAUCACUCCAGUUCCUCCAGCGUACAGCACUGUGUCGUCUGCUGCCCCGCCCUCUAACUCCACAGCUCUGUAUGUAACUGGGUCGCCAGUAAUGCACAACAUGUAUCCCAUCUCUCCCAGCAGAGCGCCCCCACAGAACUCAAACCAGACUGACCUUACAUUCACCAAGAAGUCCCAGGAGUCUCUGUCCAGUGGAAUCCAUGUGACUUUGGCAUCAGACGACACCAUGUUCAUGACUGUCACCCCUGAAACUGAGACCCACAUGGGGUUAACGCCACAGCUGCCCCAAGCAUCAGUCAGAUCCUCCAGGCUGUGUGGCAGCCUACGCUGCCCCUCCCUGCCAGGGAACCUGGACCUCAGCCCUGGACUGAUAGAGAACCAGAAACACCUGUCAGACCCUGUGCUGCCCAUCAUCUGAGGACUAAAGUAGUAACACACACUGCUGCAUAAGAGUGACAUCACUAACACCUUCUGGUGUCUUUAAUUUACUGAAAAAUGUCAUCAUUUAAUGUUUAACGAUUUAGGAACACAAGUUUCAUAGUACUGUCACAUCUGCUCACUCGAUAUUUCCUCUUUUUCACGUCAUUCCCUGUAAACACUCGUGGUGCACAAUCCUUUUCCAGUCUAUAUAUUUAAAAAAAAUUAAACAUGCAUGAAACACGUCACAUUUGUUCCAUAAAAAGGUGUGUGUGUGUGUGUGUGUGUGUGUGUGUGUGUGUAACUGAACUUACGGUGUCAAGACCUCUCACGAAGAGCAGGAGUUCAUCAAGUGACUUCAGAGAGAGAUUGACAGGAGCUGAAUAUGAACGUGACGAAGGUGAAGCAUCUGAGCCGGCACGCCACAAACAAUCUGAACAAAGUGAAACACAAGUAUACAAAUUACACACUCUUCCCAAUGCUGUGUAACACUAAAUUAAUAAAUAAAUAAUAAAGCUUUGGAAUAAUUCUGUUUACAGGCGAUGCUAUAGGCACAAUAGUGUCAGUGCGAUUGAUUAGUGGAGAGAUAGAGUGGAAUGACCGAUCCACUGUUGUGGAACACUCAUUAUUCUCUAUAAUGGGAGACAGAGUAUUUUGGGGAGAUUGAAUCUGGUUUCAUCCAUGUUUCUUUGCUUCUUUGUGAACAUUAAUGUUCAUAUUACAAGGUUAUCUAACAAAACUCUGACCCUAACCCAAUGAUAUGCAGCGUAAAAAUCUAGUGGACACAUGAAUGUCAAUUUUUAUUCCAUACCCAGCACUGCAUAACACGCAAACACAAGUACUUAACAUCCUUCCUUACUGAAACCACCAAUGCACGACAAAAUAAAAUACCUAUGGUUUUCACAAGGCGUCAUAUCUGUUAGUGUUUUUGUUCUGCUUAGUCAGUUUUUGUGUUAGUUUAUGUUUAAAGUCACGUUAAGUUCAUGUCACUUUUAGUGUUGGGUUUGAUUUUCACUUCCCCUUUUAUUUUGGUAAACGUCCAUGUCUUCCUGUCGCGUUGUUUCUUCAUCUGUCUUGACACAUCUCCCCUAAUUCCCUCAUGCACUUCACCUGGUGAUCCUUAAGUAAUCACUCACACCUGCCCGUGAUUCCCUCUUCCCUAUAUAGUGUCCCCAGUCCCUCUGUCAUGUGCCAGUGUGUCGUUUAUGCUUCCAAGAGAACACGUCAGAGUCCAAGUCUGCUUCACCUUUUGUUUAGUAGCUCUAUUGCUAAGUAUAGUCUUCUUUAUUUUCUACUUCUGAGAAGAAGUGAUUUUGAUUUUGCCUUGUUUUGUCCUUCAAGAGAAAACAAUAAAUACUUUUGAAUCUUUCAUCGUGCCUC